CGCGCCAUGUGUUUGCUCUCUGAUAUUUGCCUUUUGAUUUUCUCGAGAAGAAAAUGGUGACUGUGUCGGAAACUGACUAGUCGGUGAUUGCCGGAGAGAUAGCUAUGGCCGAAGAAAACGCGGCGGGGAAUGCAAUUUGUUCAAUCUGCUACGAAGAUCUUAAACCGGUGGUUGAGAAUCUGCAAUCAAUCUCCGCUUGUGGCCAUGUCUUUCACGAACUUUGUUUGCAGCAAUGGUUUGAGUAUUGCCCGAGUACGAACAAGCGAAAUUGUCCGAUUUGUAAGCAGAAGUGCUCUCUAAAGGAUCCUUGUCGACUUUACUUUCAGUCUUCUGGGAAUCAAACCGAUUCGAUUGCCUCGGAUAAGGUUGUUGGAAUCGAAGAAGAUCCGGUUUUGUUGAGAGGAGAAGUGAAGCGGCUUGAAGGGAAGGUACAGAAUCUUACUUCGGCUCUGGAGGCGAAGAAAAAGGAGAAUGUUGAAGUCUCUGAUAAGUUGCAUCAAUGCAAUGAGCAAUUGAAGGAGGAUAAAGUGAAAAGGUGGGAGGCUCUUCAAGAAAUAUCAACGACUCAGCAUUUGCUUAAGUUAAAAUCUGAGGAAUGUAUCCAGCUUAACUCACAGUGUGUUAAGCUACAGGAGAGAACUGUGGCUCUUGCCAAGGAGCUCGCAUCGCUUAAAUUGGUUUCUGAUUUAAGCUUGGAGGAAGAUGAUGUACUGAAGUUGGCCUUGUUGGGGAAUAACGCGAAGACGAAAGAUACAAUAGACACACUAGUCAAGUCCUUGGUUAUUCGGAAUAGGAGUUAUAAGGAAUUGCUAGCCAAGUGCAAUCAGCUGGGAAGAGGCGAAGCACGAUCUUCUGAGAAACUUGAAAAAGCUUUGGAAAAGAUAGAAAAACUAAAGAAACGAAUGAGGGAACUUGAGUUGAUAACUGAAGAGAGAGAGAACAGAGCUCUACGGGACAUAAACGUUUCAAAGAAAUGCAGUUACACAGAAGUUUCCGAGCCUGCAAUCGAGAGCAUGUCUUCUUUCAGAAUGCUUUCAUCAGACAACAAAGUGGAGAAAAUCUCCACACCACCUGGUAAAUUAGAAGAAAAGGAUGGCUUUACCAUUCAAGGAUCAUGCUUAAGGGGAAGAGAAGACUCCUUCGUUAGCAGAACAGACUCGGUUAUAGAUGUAGAUGAUGAUUAUGUUCCUGAAACCAACACUUCUGGCAUUAGAGAUUGGAAUACUAAUAUUGAAGAGAAAGGUGAUAAUUCCAUGGUGAAGGAUAUAAAGUUCAACAUCAGAAAAGACCCGACAUCAUCAGUGUCACCUUACAGCAAUGGUAGUGGAAACAUUUGGCAGUCAAGUGGAACAAAUAGAAACCUUGGUAGAUGGAGCAAACAUGGAGAGAGAAACGAAGCAACUCCAUCACUAGGAGGUUCUGUUCCAAGAAAAGAUGAUCUCAUCUCUAUUGGACCUGAUGGUAAAGGUGGUAGAAUCAAAGUGCUGAGAUCUAAACCCCAAAUUUCUAAAACCAAUGCAAGCUCAGGAAGUGGUAAGAGAUUCAAGCUUGGAACUAAAACAAGUGGCUCGUCCUCUCAAGGUUGUCUUCAGAUAGAACACUAUUUCGGAAAAACUAAUCGCUAAAUUUUCGACAAUGUAACUUUUUGUUGGGGCUAGUAAACACUUGUAGUUAAAGAAUGAAGAUUAAUACUACUAUUUAAAUAGUGGAUUAGUGAU